GGUGUUCUUGCUAACAUGGAUUUUUGUUUCCUCUGCGCGGCCUACACAAAUAACAGUGUGGCUUCCAGAUACGACGCAGUUGCACUAGACGGAACGUACUACCAGAAGAAUGGCUUCAUCUCGGGCGGCAGCACAGACUUGGCCAAGCGGGCACGGCGCUGGGACGACAAGGCCUUUCACACGCUCAAGGCGCGCAAGGAGAAACUGACGGAGGAGCUGAAGGAGAUGAUGAAGCGCACCCGCAAGGAGUCGGACCUGACGACGCUGCAGUCACAGAUUCGGGGCCUGGAGACACGCGUGCGCUACUCCGUGACGGACCGCGACAACAUCCGCAACAAGAGCAUGGCCAACCUGGAGCGGGAGAUUGCACGCCUCGAGCAGGAGUUGAGCCGACAGGAGCCGCUCCUGAAGAAGCUGGAGGAGGAGAUGCGGACCAAGGAGGCGCAGGUGGACGAACUCAAGGAGGCACAGAACGGCAUCGAGGACCGCGUGUUCACCGACUUCUGCGCCAGCAUCGGUGUCGACAACAUCCGGCAGUACGAAGAGCGAGAGCUGCGCGCCACCCAGGAACGUGACCGCAAGCGGCUCGAGUUUGAGAACCAGAAGAGCCGCAUCGUCAACCGGCUUGAGUACGAGCGCUCCAAGGACACGGGCGAGAACGUACGGAAGUGGCAGAAGACAGUCGAGGACGACGAGAAGGAGCUGGAGAACCUGAAGCAGGCCGAACAGGCCCAGAUGCACUCCAUCGACGAGCAAAUGCAGGCACUGGAGAAACUGAAGAGCAGCAAGAUCAGCAAGAAGCAGGAGUUGGACGGCACCGAGGAGAGCAUGGGCGAGAUCCGCAAGCGGCUAACGGCUGUACAGAAGGAAAUCGCGAGUGUGCAGAAGGCACUGACAGCCCUCGAGGCACGCCAGGAACAACGGCGCCAGGACCGCCAUAGUGUCUUUCAGACGUGCAAGCUGGAGCAGAUCCCCUUGCGCUUGGUGCGCGGGAGCCUCGAUGACUUAGAUGCAACGGCGCCGACAGACGACGCAGCGGCAGGUGACGAAGUGGCUGCUUCCCAGGCCAGCAUCACCAAGGUGUACGAGCGUGAGGGCCAGAUUGAGGUGGACUACUCGGUCCUGCCCGAUGAACUGACUGAGUUGGAUACGCCGGAGGAGGUCAAACGAGAGGGCAACCGCCUCAACAAGGAGAUAGCCGACAUGCAGAGUCACCUGCAGCGCAUUCAGGCACCCAACAUGCGGGCAAUGGAAAAGUAUGUCGCACUCACGUUCAUGUGGAAUGUCAAAAACAACAAAGCGCAUGACAAAGGGACAAAAGGUAGAUGACAAACGCGAGCUCUA